AUGAAUUUUCCUGUUGAUCAUUUCUUUAUCUUAAUAAAUGCAUUUGUACAUUUAAUUGCAAACAUACAGUUGGUUUGGCUGAAUCCACAUGUAACUGAGGAAACAAUAAUAAAUAUACCGAAAGUAUAUUUCAUUCAUCCUGGUCCAUCUGUUUCAGGCAGUCAAUUAAUCAAGAAUCAAUUUCAAUCAUAUAAUGGUUCAAAUUUUCAGAAACCACAUAAUUACAAAGUCAAAAAGCACAAAAUGAAUAUUAAUACUACUAGUAAUAAUCAUAAUAGUAGAUUUUCUAAUGUAACUCAAACAAAUCCAAAAUGGACGCACAAAAAGAUUUUUAAAGAUCAUAACAUGUCAAAGAACACAUUAUUCGUUGAAAGAUUACAUGAAAAAACAAACUAUUUUAUACCAAAGUCACUAAAAUUUGAGCCAGAGAAAGAUUUGGCCAUAUUAUAUCCAGAAAGCAAUUGGCUUGACCCAUGCAAAGCCACAUGUGGUCGUACGCUUCUAGAACCAGUAGGAAGUUUGUCUUCACCACAAAUGGCAUGGAAAUUAGAAGAUCGUUUCGGUGGUAAUGCCAACUCUUCAUUAUUUCCCGAUCCGAUAGGUUUAGAGCAGUCGAUUCAACUAGGAAAUGCUAUAUCAGUUGAUCAUCUUUUACCUGAUGAUAACGAGAAUAUGUAUCAUCCUUAUCGAUCAUUAACAAAUGGUAAUACAAUUGAUGGUGGUGAAGAUCAUAGUUUAAUCGGUAUGGUCAAUGAUAAUAAUUAUCAGUUAAAAACAAUUCCAUAUAAUCCAUUUAAAGGAUCAUUCAAUAAUGAAGAAGUUCCAUUGAUAGCAAUGAGUCGUUUAUCUAAGUUAUCAAAAACAAGUUCAUCAUCUACUUUAGGUUUCACAUCAGCUAGUCCUAUACUUUGUCAAUGGAGAAUAAAUGCUGCAUCAGGUGAACGGAUACGUUUAAAUUUUACACACAUGGAUAUAUCUGGACCGAUAACACAGGAUUCUAUACAUACACCAAAUAAUUUAAAUAAUUUACAUAAAGCAUAUGAAUUAAAUCAAAAAAGUAUCAAUCGUAUCUCAUGUAUUAAUGAUUAUGUAGAAAUAAGAGAUGGAUAUUAUUCUGGUUCACCAUUAAUUGGUCGUUACUGUGGUCAAAAUUUACCUCCACAGUUAAUUUCAACUGGAUCACGUCUUUGGUUAGAAUAUAGAAGAUCUGCUGGGAGUAUGACUACAGGUUUUAUCGCUGAUUAUGAAGCUAUAUGUGGUGGAGAAUUACAAAUGGAAGAAGGGACACUAACAAGUCCAAAUUACCCUGAAUUUUAUCGACCAAGUAAAGAAUGUGUUUGGCAAAUUGUUGUUCCUGUUGGUUAUUCUGUUGCAUUGAUAUUUCAUUCAUUUCAGCUAGAAAAACAUGAUACCUGUGUAUACGAUUACCUAGAGGUACGUGAUGGUUUAAAAGAUACAUCCCCACUCCUGAAAAAACUAUGUGGAUCACAUCUACCCACUCCAAUUAAAUCGACCAAUAAUGUGAUGUAUGUAAAAUUUGUAUCAGAUAGCUCAGUAGAAAAACAAGGAUUUACGGCCACAUUUCAGAAAGAAUUUGAUGAGUGCAAAACUAUGAAACAUGGUUGUUCACAUACUUGUGUCAAUACACUUGGAGGUUAUCGAUGUCAAUGUGAGAUUGGUUAUGAACUACAUGCAGAUGGGAAACGUUGUGAAGAUGCAUGUGGAGGGGUAAUCAAUGAGUCGAAUGGUACUAUUCAAACGCCUUUGUUUCCUGAUUUAUAUCCACCUAAGAAAAAUUGUAUCUGGAAAAUUUUGGCACCACCUAAAACGACAAUUUUUCUUAAUUUUACACAUUUUAAUUUAGAAGGUCAUAAUCGAGCAUGUCGAUAUGAUUUUAUCAAUGUUUACAAUGGUUCAACAGAUAAUCAACAGAAAAUUGGCACAUUUUGUGGUGAUCAAAUACCAGAGCCUAUUACAUCCCAUACAAAUGAACUCAGUAUUGAAUUUUAUUCAGAUACAUCUGUACAGCGUACUGGUUUCAGAGCUGUAUUCUUUACUGAUCGAGAUGAAUGUGCUGAUAAUAACGGAGGUUGUCAACAUUUAUGUCGAAAUACAAUAGGAUCAUACCAUUGCGCUUGUCGACCGGGUUUUAAUCUUUACGGCAGAUAUGAAUGCAAAGAGAACAUUAAAACUGGAUGUCACCAAGAUAUAUCUUCACCCGAUGGGGAGAUUAUCACUCCAAAUUGGCCAAAUGAAUAUCCCGUGAAGCAAAAUUGUCAUUGGAAAAUCACUGUAACACCUGGUCAUCGAGUGAAAGUUAUAUUUGCCGAUUUUGAACUUGAGUCACAUCAACAAUGUACAUAUGAUCAAGUUAUAGCUUAUGAUGGACCAACAAAUAGUUCCGCUUUUCUUGGUCAAUACUGUGGUAGUAGAAAACCUGGCCCAAUUAUUUCUUCACAGAAUCAGUUGUUGCUUACAUUUAAUUCUGAUUCAUCUGUACAACGUAAAGGAUUUCGAGCUCAACAUACUACAAUUUGUGGUGGUCAUCUAACUGCUGACAGUGUUCCUCAAACAAUUUAUUCACAUGCUAAGUUUGGUGAUCUCGAUUACGAAUCAAAUCAACAGUGUUACUGGACAAUUACACCAAAAUUAGAUAAUCAUACUGUUCUACUGAGAUUUCUUUAUUUUGAAGUAGAAGAAGAAACACUAUGCACGUACGACUAUCUUCGAGUUUUCGAUGGAGGUGAUCCUAAAGGAAAACUUCUGGGUGGUUUUUGUGGGAGAACUUUACCGAAUACAUUUUUGUCAAAUUCUGGACAACUGUAUCUUCAGUUUGUUAGCGAUGAUACAAUUGGUGGUAAAGGUUUUCAAGCACAAUAUCAAAUGAUUCCAUAUGAUUUUAAAUUACCGAAGCAUGAAAUCGAUUCACAAGUGUUAAUCAAUCAAAUACCAUCUCAUUCAUCUUCCUCUUCUUCUUCAUCUUCCUCAUCAUCAUCUCCAUCAUCAGUUUAUUAUGGUAAAAACGAAAUGUUACAGCAAUAUCAACCAUUUCAUGGUAAUCGUUAUUUAUUUCCACCAGCAUGGGGCACCGGAAGGAUUCGUUAUUUUGGUGAUAUGCGUAGUUCUGAAAUGACUGAAAAUUAUCAAUCUACUCGACCUUUUAACUAUAAUCCGUCAUAUCAACAUGUAAAACACUCAUCAACUAUACAACAGACAAAUCCUAUGAUCUACUCACAAAAUAAUAUUUAUCAACGUCGCGAUGGAAGACUUCCUGUUAAUCGAGAUAAUUCCCAAUUACCUUGGCGAUUUGCUUAUACCUAUCCACAAGCUAAAAGUUCAUCAACUAUAACUGCUACUAAUAAUCUUUUCAGAUCCAGUCCGUCAUACACAACAUAUUCCCGUUCAUCUAAGCAAACUUCAAGUCACAGUAGAUCACCAGCAGAAUCUCUACAUACAACUAUGCGACCAGUUUCUCCUUUACUAUCGCAAAAUGCAAUAACUUCAAGAAAUCCACGUAUAAGUAGUACAUGGCAUGUACGACCUGGUCGUAUUGUACACCAACCUCAAUUAAAUAUCAUUAACAGAAUAAUUCAACCAAAUUCAAAAAAUUACCAAUCUUCACUACGUGAUAUUCUUCGACAAGUAAAAUCACAUUCGUAUCAACGGAAGCAAACAGAACAAAAUCACAAAAGUCCUAUGCGUUUUCAUGUAGUCACUCAAAGGAAUCGAAGCCCACCAUUGUUUUCCGGUGGUAGCCAAUGGAAACAGAGAAGUAUGCCUUUGAGUAGUAGAUCACGUUGGGAUGAUAAUAGAGCUAUUAAAGCAUUUUAAUUAUUAAAUAUAAAUUAUAGUAUUGCUUCAUUUUCUUCUACAAAUGCCUCAAUUUUUUUUUCUGGUUUUGUUUUAACUUUAUCUAAAUUCAUAGACGGAAUUGAUUGUAAUGAAAAUUAAAAUAAGUUUAUUUUUGCAUAAAGAGAAUUUUAUUUGUGAGACAAUUAAAUCUUUAAGGUUUUGUUUAAAUGAAACGAAAUAAGUAAACUGUUCAAUGGAUAAACGACGUUUAAUAUUUCAAGAAUAGCUGGAAUUACAAUCUUAUAAUAACUAAAUUAGUUAUUAAUUUUAAAUGAAAAUAAUAAUCUAUUCCCUAUUGCAUUUUGUAUAAUAAUUAAAAAGUCUAUCACUACUGUUAAAUUAGGUAAUGUUUAUUCGAAUAUAUUAACAUACAAUUAGAAACAUGACAAAUAUAUUUGGUGUGGAUAUGUAUUGCAUUUUAUUAUUAUUCUAUUACUCAUUUAUUGUAAUUUAUUCACUCCAUAUUUCCAUGUUUCCAUUUGUUUCUCGAUUGUUCUUUUUUUUGCAUAAAAAAUAAGUAAAGUAAAUAAAGAUGAACACACAAUUUAAAACAAACGAAUAACCUUUGUAUGUAAUUUUAAGAUUCGUAUACGAAAUCAUUUGAAAUUUAAACUUCUUGAAUAAAUAUUGUGAUGUAAUUAAUAUUAGUUGAA